CUCUGUUCCCCCGGAUCUCAGCCUCGACUGGAUUACAUAGUGCAUCCCAGCCUCAUAAGUAGAGCUACGACCAGGGGUCAAGUUUUGCUCCUCCAUUGUGCUCUGGAACACGUCAAAAUCGACAGCAGUAGUGAGUGAUAAUGAUUUGGUGCUAUGUGCCUCUUCAUUUCUCAAUUCCAGCAGGGUGAUCUGGAAGAUGUCAUUUGGCGUGAUUGUUUCGAACUCUAAGAGCUUUAGGUUCACAACAUUCGACUUUGGCACAUUUAAGAUUACGAGGAGCAAUAGUCUUUUCCCGCAUUCUCCCAGUGAGGGAGUUAGAGAUUUUUUCGAGUCAGACUACGAGGCCCCUCAAAAUACCCGGUUACUUGCGAUCCUCAGCCCAGAUGAGAGACUUCCUUCCAGCAGCUCAUUCCCUAAAGCCGAUGCCGAUUACGAGAGGCGGAAUUCAGCAAUGACCAUCCCGUUGGAGUCGCGCGCCGGGAUGAAUGGAAGAAGUAAUGACGUUGUGGAUCAAAGGGUCUUGCGGACGAGAUCCCUCUCUCACGACUUGCCAGAAAUGUCACUGCGAAGCAGUCCGAUGCCCCAACUGAAGCCUAUCGCACCUCUUCGACUGCGUUCGCGGCGCGCUCGAGGACAAUUGGGUGGAGAGGUUAAUCCUCCAGAAGAAUCAUUCGCACCCUCUGUCACAGCCCGCGGACUUCAAUCACGACGGCCAGCCGUCCUGGGGGGAAUUCUUGAGGCACCUGCCCGAAGAUUGUCGAGAGCCGAGUCGAGUCAUCCCUUCAUUUGACAAACGUCAGUUCCAUCCCCAGAUUGAAUGGACAUUUCCGUGAAGCGAGCGAACGUUUAACAACUUCGUCACAUCAAAGGAUGUGCAGGAACGUGAUGGUGUGCAAGUUGAGACUGGCGCGCUGGCGGAAAUCAUUUUUGGCUUUGCGACGCUCUAUGUGUUCAAUUUUUCAAUUGUUGCUGUGUCUUUCUUUCCAUGAACUUCGAUGGAUACGCAUAUCAAUUCCUACUUUACGAGUUGACGCAUAUUUCUUCUUGGUUCACAAUAUUGCAAGACCGUUAGCUCCAUGUACGAGCCAUAAGUUUCUCCUGUAUCAUUCGAUGUGUUUCCAACCGCCCUAUGUCAUCGGCGCUACCCGUGGAUAUUCCAAAAAAG